GCUCGUCGUCGUUCUUCUUAUAAGACGCAUCACUGAUCACGUUCAGAUUUUGCAAGUGCUGGUUGUCGAAUUAGGUAGAUUAUUCAAUUGUCUGAUCCCGGAAGUGUGGUAUUCAAACGCUACACCGACCGUGGAGAUUUUUGCUGCCUAUUAGAGAAUGACUCCACCAUACAACCAUCUGGGCACCGCCCCGCGCCUGCACAAUGCAGCGCCGGUGUUAACAUUCGGGAUUAUGCAGCUGAUCUUCGGUGCCGCCCUGAUCAUUAGCGACAUUGUCUCGUUCAGCACCACUGUGGAUCAUGCCAUCAUCUUCUCCUGUGCCGGAUCAGGAUUCUACACCGGCAUCUUCUUCGUCAUCACGGGCGCCUUCGGUAUUGCCAGCGGACGCCCCUUGCCGAUGGGGCGUUCCGCCGUGGAGCGCCGCUGUUACCUCAUCACGUCCAUGGUCAUGAGCAUCCUGUCCACCAUCUCCUCCAUCACCAUGACCGUCGCUUUUACCAUCCUGCUGGUGUUUCUGCAGACCGGCGUCUUCGACUUCAACUGUCAGGGCUUCUACUGCCCCUUUGGCGGAUGGUACCGCGACGUCGGCAACGCACUGCUGUCAGCCAAUCUGGCCUUUCAGUUCAUGGCCUUCGUGGCCAGUCUGGGACAGUCCAUCGCCGCUGGGAUUAAUAUGUGCAAGCUGCCGAGCCAGGGUACCACCGUGCAGUACGUGGUCACGCAGGCCCCUCCUGUGUCGCCCGGAUUUUAUCCCGGUGGACCGGCUGCUGUGUACAAUAUGCCGUAUGGACAACCGGUGAUGGUGGUUAAUCCGUCGGGGUUUGCUGGGCCCACCGGAAAUCCCGUUCAGGCUCCCACUCCUCAGAAAUUCUAAUCGAACCACACUUUCAAACUGAACGUCCCUGUAAAGGAUUUUUAAUGUGCAAAAGUUACUGUGCGCCAAAAUAACUGUUUUACAUCCAAGGUUUUUGAGCAUCAUUAGAAAGGAGAUGUUCGAAAUAGAAUGUCGUGCGGUAUUAUAAGAACGCUAGAAGCAAGUAUACAAUCAUGUCACAAACAGCGGCUUUUUCUUUGACCGGUUAAACUGGUUGAUUGUUCACUUGCAACUGAUUAACACAUUCCAGAUUUCGCCUAACCAUAAGAACAGGCGCAACAAGAAACGGUACAGACGGUUACAGAACUAUAGACAUUGUCAUUUAUCGUUAUCUCAUGAAUAUGUAUUUUAUAAAAUUCUUCAGUAGUCCCAUUUGUCGGAGUGUUUGCGCUGAAAACGUACUUGUCGUUAAUAAACUUUGCAACCAAACAA